UGUCCGCGUCCAGUCCCGGCAUAACUAUUCCGAUAGCUCGAAACCAAUUCCGCCGGCGGGUUAUUCAACGGUAUCGAUCGGAAUGGCUAGCCGACGAGCUUCAAAACGCAAGCGUACAGAACAGAAGGAAGAAGCAGAAGAGUCAAAAAAGCAACAAGUAAAAAAAGAAGUAGAAGUGAAUGAAAGCUCAAAAAAGUCACCAGUAGUGGUAUUUGCUCAUGGUGCUGGUGCUCCUUCCACUUCUGAUUGGAUGAUCAGAUGGAAGGAGAUGUUGAGCAAGGAACUGAAUGCUGCUGAAGUUGUGACCUUUGACUACCCAUAUAUGUCUGGUGGAAAGAGGAGGGCUCCCCCCAAGGCAGAAAAAUUGGUUGAUUUUCACUCCGAUAUUGUCAAAGAGGUGUCUGCUAAAUAUCCUGGGCAUCCGCUGAUCUUGGCAGGGAAGUCAAUGGGUUCAAGGGUUAGCUGCAUGAUAGCUGCUAACGGCGUCGGUGCUUCAGCUAUCGUUUGCUUGGGCUACCCAUUAAAGGGUGCAAAAGGUGCAACACGAGAUGAGUUGCUUUUACAACUUGAUGUACCUGUUAUGUUUGUGCAGGGUAGCAAAGAUGGGCUUUGUCCACUGGAGAAGCUGGAAGCUGUAAGAAAGAAAAUGAAGUGUGCUAAUGAAUUAUAUGUGAUUGAUGGUGGUGAUCACUCCUUCAAAAUUGGGAAAAAGCACUUACAGUUGGCUGAGUCCACCCAAGAGGAAGCUGAAAAGCUUGCUGUUCAUGCUAUUGCAACUUUUGUUUCUAAUCACGUGAAAGAGGGGUGCUUUUCAACUACUUAACUGUAAGCAACGGGUGAUAGUUUUACUUUUUUUGUCCAGUUUUUGCAAAGAUGGUUCAUGACUGCUUCCUUGUAGGGUAUAGGAUUUUUUCCCUCUUUUCUUUAGGGAGUGGGGGUGGGGGGCAUCUUUUUUGGUAUGGCAUUGUUGUAGCAUAUCUGCAAAUGUUGCUCACUGUGAAGUACUACUAGUAAUUAGUAUCUAAAGCUUUAGCCUCUAGUUCUUUUCCCCACCUCAGGAGUAUCCUCUUUGUAUAUUUUUCUAUGAUACCAUUACUUUCCUGCAAUGGACCAAGCGUCUGUAUGGGAAAAUAUGAUAUGUACUCACUUUAAGAAGUA